ACAAAGCAGAGGGGAGCAGGGGACCCUGAGGCCUUUAAAUCCACAGGUGGAAACCUGAGGGCAAAGGGCCGAGUACCCAGGUGUUCUGCUCCAACCUCAGCACCUACUCUGUGCCCAAAGCUUGACCCAUGUGACCUCAACUUUAAGCCCAUUGCACAGAUUAGCACACUAUGAAAGGAUUGCAGGCUGGUCAGUUUUGUGAUGAGCCAAGACCAUCUAUUGUGACCUGUCACCUCCAGACAGAGACAAGGCUGUGGAGUGAUCGGAGAGUUGCUCACAUUAUCUUCCACCCCAUACCUGCUGGUGGUGAUUAAAGGAAGAUAAAAGUGGGACUGCCCAGUGCUUACAUGCUGCAGAUAUAGCUCCCAUCUGACAUUUGCGGUGUGGACAUCAUCCCAGCCCAGGGCAGGAGCCGGCCAGCUGGAGCAUGUGUUGGAUUCUCUGCCUGAGCCUCACCCUCUGCCUAGAGGUGCAGGCCACUCGGUGGGGUACCUUGCACUCCAGGGAGCCUCUAGUGGUUACCAAAUAGGGGACCCUCCAAGGAAAGCAGAUAUGCAUGGGGAGGACACCCAUCAAUGUUUUUCUAGGAGUUCCCUUCUCCAGACCUCCUGUGGGUGCCCACAGGUUUGCUGCCCCAGCCCCAGAGCCAUGGAAAGAAAUGAGAGAUGCUACCACCCAUGUCCCUGUCUAAGAGCCAGAGGCAUGGGGGGAGAUCACCUCCAUGUACUUCAAACACAAAAAAUACGAGUGGCAGCACUUCAGUGAGGACUGUCUGUACCUGAGUGUGUGCGCGCCAGUGUUAAGUGCAUGGGGACCCUCUACUACCGCUGAGUACUCAGCCUCUCACCAUGCCAUCCCUGCGCUCAGCAUGGGCGACAGCCAGGCCCGCGGGAACUGGGCGCUAUUGGACCAAGUUGAGGCUCUGCGCUGGAUUCAGGAGAACAUCGAAGGCUUUGGAGGAGAUCCGGCCUGUGACUUUGGCCAGUCAUAGGGGGCCAUGUGCAUCUCGGGACUGAUGACAUCACCCUUAGCCUGGGGUCUCUUCCAUCAGGCCACUUCCCAGAGUGGCACUGCAGCUCAGAGUCUUAUCACUCCUGACCCGGUGAAGGUGGCCAAGAAGAUUGCCCGUCUGGCAGGUUGCAACCACAGCAGCACAAAGAUUCUGGUAGACUGCUCGAGGGCACGAUCAGAGACCGAGAUGAUGCAUAUGUCCAAGAAGAUGAGAUUCUUCCACCUGAACUCCCAUGAAGACCCGGAAGAGAUGAGCAGGCUCCAUUCUGUAAUUUGAGCAGGCCUGACCCAGGCUCAGGUUGCACCUGUGCCCUACCUUUUGGGUGUCAACAACCCGGAGUUCAGUUGGUUCUUGCCUUUUAUCAUGACACUCCCGAUAAGCCAGCGCCCUCUGAGGAAAGAAACCAUCUCCAAGGUGCACUGGCAUACCCGCACCCUUUUGGGUGGAUGUGGCUUCCCCAGCCAUAAUAUCUCCAAGGAGCAAUUACCACUGGUGAUGGAGGAGUACCUGGGUGAUAUCGAUGACCAUGACUGGAAGAUGUUACAGAGCCAUCUGGAAGGCCUAGCUGGGGGUGCUACCUUUGGGCACUCCACGCUGUAGGCUGCCCGCCAUCACCGAAAUGCUGGCUUCCCUGUCUACGUGUACAAAUUGAGCACCACACUCCCAGCAUCGUUCCAAUCCCGCACUGAUGGUGCAGACCAUGGGGAUGAGAUCGGCUUCAUCUUCUGGAAGCCCUUCUCCAAAGGGGCUACAGCCCCACCUGAGAAGGUGCUGAGCCUCUGGAUGAUGAAAUACUGGGCCAACUCCGCCAGCACAGGAAACCCCAAUGGUGGGAAGCUGCCCCACUGGCCACGUUACAACAAGGAUGAGAAGUACUUGCAGCUGGAUUUAACCACGAGGGGUGUGAAGCUUAAGGAGGAGAAAAUGGCCUUUUGGAUGAGGCUGCACCAGCACUAA